AUGUUCUCAAUAUUGAAAGAAAUAUUGGGGUGGGGUUUACGUGGAGCACGCGUUGGAGGAUGUGCCAGUACAGCAUUGUAUUUGUGGAAGCAAGCAUUGAUUCUACCACGAAAUAAAUCGAAAUUAACGGUCGCUUGCAAUAGAAGAAUUAAACCGUCAAUUACGACUCGAAAAAACGCAUCAUCGUCAACUAAUCUAAACAAACCAAUUUGUGUAGACUUUCAUGCGGUCAUGAUGAACGUAUGGAUUGAUUACUCAUUUGUUUUCCUUAUUUCGUGUUGUAUUCCAGCACGAUGGGUCGAUCACGUAGUCCAUCGAAGUGUGACCAGUUCAUCACAAGGGCACAAAUCGCGUUCACCCGAUCGAGAGAAGAAAUCGAAACGCUCUCGCCGGCGUUCCAGUGAUUCAUCAAACGAUGCUCGUGAUGAUUCAGCAUUGGCAAUAGGUCGUAUGGCAAGCAUCAGUGAAUUAACUGACUUGACCGCUCGGAAAAAAGCUGAAGUAGAACGAUUGGCUGAGCUGGAACGAGAACGCAUGCAACUAUUACGUCAGAAAGAAACACGUGAAAACUUGAUUCAAACUGAAGUCGAACGUCGUGUGAAAGAAAUAGUCGAAACACGUGUACGAGAAGAACUGGAACGUCGAAAGGAUGAAAUUGAAAAUGAAGUUAAACGACGGGUCGAUGUACUGAAAAGAUCCAUGGAAAAGCAGAUGCUGCUCGAACUUGAGAAAAGAAAUAAUGACGAAAUGCGAAGAUUGAUCGCGAAAGAAGAAGAAGAAAGAAAAAAACGCGAAGAUUUAGAACGAAUUCUUGCAGAAAACGAACGCAAAUUAUCUGAAGCAGAAAAACGUAUUGCUGAAGAAGAAGAAAAGCUACGUACUGAACAAUUACGUUUAAUGGAAGAUCGCGAACGAUUCGAGCGGCAAUUAGGCAAACAGCAAUCGAAAGAACAAAAUCUUAUUCUCGGCAAAAACAAGACACGAGAAAAAAUCUCUUUUUCCUUGAAUAGUGGCUCGUUAAAAUGA